CUUCGCGCGUUGUGAUUGGUCGACUCAAACCCCAGAUGCGUCGAUUUUCGUAACCGUUUCCGUGUCGAAAAUAGAGCGUGUGUUUGUUUUUUUGCGAAUUUUGGGCGUUUUUUGUGCGUGAGAAAUGUCUGAAGUGCGCCGGAAGACUCCCGAGAUCACGUUUGACUCGGAGCCCCCCAACGAUCUGGACUCGUCGUCAGGUUGUGAGCUGUCUUUCGAACUUUCGAGUGACUAUGUACGCAGCCCCUCACCGAGGCGUUCAGCUUCGUCCAACCCGACAUACAGCCCCCCGUACAAGCGGGUGCGAGCGCUGCGACUGUUCGACAGCCCUCUCACCCCCAAGACUAUCAUACAGAAGUCGGCCACGACGCCGGCCCCCAGGUGUCGGCUCUUCACGGAGAAGCCGCGCAGUGUCACCAACACCAAGCAGAAGCCGGUGGCCAACGUCAACCCCUUCACACCAAACGGCUUUUAUCAGAAUAAGAAGCGCUUGAGGUCGACGAGUUCGUUACAAAUCCCCAAGUUUGAUUUAAACGAUUCAGACGUGUCAGACAUCGAGAACGAGCCCCCAGCUAAACGAGUGCCGCUCCAAGAGAACAAUAUCUCACGUUAUCACCAGGAGUUCCUCGAGCUCGAACUGAUCGGUUCGGGUCAGUUCGGUUCGGUUUACAAGUGUGUAAACCGUUUGGAUGGUUGCAUUUAUGCGAUAAAAAAAUCAACGAAACCCGUAGCUGGAAGUGUCUUUGAGAAAACGGCUUUGAACGAGGUCUACGCCCACGCUGUCUUGGGCAAACACCAGCACGUGGUGCGCUACUACUCGGCCUGGGCCGAAGACAACCACAUGGUGAUCCAGAACGAGUACUGCAAUGGGGGCUCGUUGGCCGACCGACUACAAGAGGGCCCCCUCAGCCCGGUGGAGCUGCGCCAGAUGCUGAUGCACGUGGCUGAGGGGCUCCGCUACAUCCAUUCCGAAGGCCUCGUCCACCUUGACAUCAAACCCGGGAACAUUUUCAUAUCAAGAGAGAAGAAAAUCCAAUUCACGAAUUACGACUCCGCCGAUGAUGGUUUCGAAGACUUGGAGGAGAGCCACUACGAGGAGGAGCUGACGUACAAAAUCGGCGAUUUGGGACACGUGACCAGCUUGAGUAACCCCCAGGUGGAAGAAGGCGACUGUCGUUAUCUCCCGAAUGAAAUACUUCAUGAAGAUUACAGUCAUUUGACCAAAGCUGAUAUUUUCGCGCUGGGUUUGACGGUGAUUGAGAGUGCGGGGGCGGGGCCACUGCCGAAAAACGGCCCCGAUUGGCAUAAACUACGCGAAGGGGAGGUGCCAAAGCUGUCUCAGAAUUUGAGUAGGGAUAUGAUCAAUUUGAUUGGUUUGAUGAUACAUCCCGACCCGACUAUGAGGCCCGGGGCUUCCCAGGUUUUGCACCACCCGGCCCUUUGCCCCGUUGGGAAGAAAACAAGGGCUCAGUUACACAGGGAAUUGAAUGCUGAAAAAUUGAAGAAUGAGAUUUUGGCGAAGCAGUUGAAGGAAGCAGCGAUUUGUAUCAAGUCGAUAGCCCCCGAUAGCAAACAGUUGAAGAGCGUGACGAGGAUUAGUAAUAGGUUGAUCGGGAAGAAGGUGAAUAGGAGCAGCAGCACUACUACGUUCUAGGGAUUUAUUUAUUACCAACACUAGUGAUCUAGUUUCGUUUCGCACGAAAUGGAAUUUAGGCGUUAGACGUGUAGACUGAUAUUGAUAGCAAGGCUGUAACCGUUUUAAUUAAAUUGUUAAUUUUUCGAGCUUGUUUGUCGUUUGUACACUAAUCAAAAUUCCUCCAGGUACUAGGUUUCAUACUUUUUUAUUUUACAUAUUUUAUACUUAUAGCUUAGAUUUAUUAAAGGUAUUUGUUAUAUUUAUGUGAUAAUUAUUUUUAAAUGAUAGAGUAGGUAUAGAUGAACAGUGUAACUCUACAUUCCUUUAACUUGUGCCUUUGUCGCAUCAAUUUAUUGCAGCGAUUUGUUAGUGCAUUCUCUUGAUUUGUAAGAAAUUAUACCAAAUAAACGAUUGGUCGCUUCCAA